GCGAGCCAACAUUAACCUCUGAAUCGCCAUUUGAGAAUACAUAUUCAUAUGCAACUUGUUCAACGACUUGGAAAUUGAUUCUCAAAUUAUUAUCAAAGUCGCAUACAACAUCGCUACGAGCAAGAUCAGCUCCACAGAUAAUUGACCGUUGUUCUCAGAGCAUCAAGAUAAAAAAGUUAGUCUUGGAUAAACAGACUAUUGAAGUCCUCUCAGGCGCACAAUAACAACCCUUGACGUCUCAUCUCACAACGCUACAAGAUGGCGGAAUCAAGAGAUAGCAAGUCGUACAAAUAUCGCCAGGAGAUCAGUCAAAUGAUGUACGUCUCCGGCGAAACCGCAGAACCACCCGUCGAAACAACAAGUAUCAUCGAAGAUAUCGUCCGCCAACAAGUCAUCGAACUCCUGCGAAACUGCACCGAACUCGCUUCGCGUCGCGGUUCUAAAUCCAUCAGCAUCAACGAUCUCAUCUUCCAAAUCCGCCAUGACCAAGCAAAAGUCUCACGUCUGCGCACAUUCCUCUCGUGGAAAGACGUGCGAAAGAACGUGAAAGAUUCUGAUGACAAAGGCGCUGAUGCCGAUAUCGCUGCUGGUGAUGACCCUGUGGCUGCGGGUGAUAACACAACGGAUGAGGCAGCCAAGAAGAACAAAAAGGCCAAAGUCGGGUUACCGUGGGAGCCUUCGUCGUACUACAACGUUGAGGUACCUGAGCGCGAGGAGGAAGAGGAUGAAGAGGAGGAGGAGAUGAACUACAUCACACUGCAGCGUCUGCGCAAAGCAGAUGAGCGCACCAAGGCCAUGACAAAGGAGGAGUACGUUACAUGGUCUGAAUACCGCCAGGCAUCGUUCACCUACCGCAAAGGCAAGCGAUUCCGCGAGUGGGCAGGCUUCGGCAUCGUGACAGACAGUAAACCCUCCGACGACAUUGUCGACAUUCUCGGCUUUCUCACCUUCGAGAUGGUCCAGACCCUCACCGAGAUGGCGCUUAAGGUCAAGGAGCAGGAAGAUCUGGUGCGUGCUCAAAACGGAGGCGAUAAUGUUGGAAAUGCAAAGAAGCGGAAGCAUGAGGGCGCGUUGUUCGAUUUUCCUAGUGAGGGAAAGACGCCAAUCGAGCCUCGCCAUGUUCAAGAAGGAUCACGAAGAUUGCAGCAGAGGCCAAAGAAGUCGAGGGCCAUGCUCAACGGCACCAGAAUUGCACAACACACGCCGCUCAACAUCUUCUAGUGAUACGUAUGUGCAACAGUCACGAGUUUAUUGUACGGCAAGGCGUUGGAUUAGGAACAUCACCAAUGUUAGGGUUGGUUAGUGGGAAAGGCGCAUGGAAAGGAUAUUUGGAUGUUUAUUAAGGUAUUAAUUGAUAGACUGGUGCCAACAACUUGUCGGCUAUUGCCACACGUUUUUGACGACUUCCA